AUUAUGAAGAACUGUAAACGACACUCAAGACUCAAGUCCUGCUCGACGUGUAAGGUGUAAGUGGAGAAUGCGAAUUCGGAAGAAGAACGAAUCAUAGACUUAGUCGCCAUGACGGACGAUUCAUCAUCUGAAGAUGAAAUCACAAAGCGGAUACUUAAAGACUCGAUUGACACUGAUCUACUUACUAACGACUUAUACAGCAACAGCCCCGGCAAGAAGCCAUCCGACAAAAUUAAAAGUAUCAAUACUGUACCAAUUAAACCAUCUCUUAGGUAUAUUAUCGAAGACGAUGGACAAGGACAUCAUCAUAAUUUUAUCAAGGUGACUCCCGAAUUUCAAGAAUUUGUUGCUAAAAGCUUAGACAAACAUUUAGAAAGCAAAAUAAUUGAAAAAAGAAAAAAACAUAAAAAACUAAAAAUAGACAGUACCAAUGAAUCAAAAGGUAUUCAUUUAUUUAAUGGAUCAGCUAAAUUACUCAACUCUUCAUACGAUGAAUCCACAACUGGAGUAAAGAGGAAACGUCAUCUUAAAAAUACCAGUGAUGAAGUCAUAUUACAGCGUGCUUCUGAAACAGCUGUGUCACCUGAAUGGAUAUUAAACAGAGAUGCAGUUCAUGGUUGGGCAAAUGUGACCAAAGGAAAAAUUAUGAAAUUGAAAAGUAACAGCGAAGGAACAUUUGAUAUAAUCAGUGAUGAAGUAUAGAUGUUCAUACCAUAGCUCUUAAAAAUGUAUAAUAAAAAUAUGAAAAUGUUUUAUUUACCA